UAAUUGUUUGGCCUGUACGAGUGUCUGGUGAGCGAGAUCAGCCAGAUCGGCAGCCGGGGGAAGUACGCCACGGGCACACGCCACGCCGCCGCCAAGGACAACCUCAUCGAGCUCACCGCCGACAUUUGCCACCAAUUGUUCAGUCAGGAUAGUCGUGUUCUGGAGCUGAGCCAGGCCCACUACCGAGGCGUGCCCCUGGAGAGCCCCUGCGGCUCGGGCAGCAAGCGGCGGCGCGUGGAGGUGGGCUGGGAGGUGCUGAGGGACCGCCUGCAGCCCAGCCACAAAGACUUCGACAUGAUCCCCUGGCUGCAGAUCACUGCCAGCCUGGUGUCCCGCUACCCGUCCAUGCUGCCCCCAUCAGAACUGGUCCCCCUGCUCUCCCUCCUCGUCCAGCUCCUGGGGGAGCAGCAGAGGCGUGGAGAGAGGGGGCCCUACGUACUCCGCUGCCUGAAGGAGGUGGCUCUCUGCCAGGCAUCGCACCCACCGCUGGCCCAGGGGAAGACCAGGCACCCCCUGCACCCCCGGGACGGGGACGACCAGGGCAGAGGCUGUGGGCCGGAGCUGGCGCGGCUGUGGGGCAGGGUGUGGGCUCUGGGAGUGCGGGGCGUCAGCUCCCCACUGGUGGAGGGGGCCAGCCUGGAGCUACUGAGGAGCAUGGUGCAGGGGGGGCUGGUGACCCCCGACAGAGAGUUCUGGAAGCUGUUUUCGGGCUCCGCCUGUAAACCAUCUCUCUCCUCCGUACUGGGCCUGUCCCAGGCCCUGAGCAAGUGUGCGGUGCCCAGGGCUGGAGUGAGCGGCGUGGGGGUGUGUGAGUAUGGAGGGCCUUCUGGAGGGCUGCUGGAGGGGGGCAGGAGACCCGGCCUAAGGGAGGCCAUCCUGGGCUGGCUCCUCAUGCACGGCCAGGGAGAGGAGGCGGAGGACAGCUCCAAACCACACCUCAUCCUGCUCAGGGAUUUCCCACAGUACCUCAUACCCAGAAUCCUGGUGGCCCUGACUCUGAAGGACAGCAGAGCUGGAAUCACCUUUCUCAUGGCCUCUCUCACACCUGACAGUUUCCUCCCCCAGGACCAGAAGUCUUUAUCAGACGUGGGCCCCACCCUCUCAGAGAUCGAGGCCCUGUUCCUGCAGUUCUCCUUCGAUGACGUCCCUGCGUGCCCCUCCCCUGGAACGGUGGCUGAUGCAGAGGACGGCCCCUCUAAAGGCCCACAGCUCACCCUGGUCCCGGAGCUCAGGGUCCGGCUGGAGCAGAGCCUGCUGGCCAUGACAGACCACCUGCUCAACUGCUACUCUCCAGAGAGCCAGGCCAGUGCCCCGGAGAGCCUGCUGCGGUGUGUGUGUGUGCUGGUGGGGGUUCUGGGCGGUUACGUGUCCACGGGCCUCCUUCCUGAGGUGGAACUCAGCCAGUCCCCACUCUUCCACAAGGCAAAGUCUCUGGCUGAGGAGUUCAGUGAGUAUGUGUACACGGCCAAGAACAGGCUGGCUGAUGAGAACGUGCUCACCACCAUCAAGACCGUCAUGCUCAUGUGUGCCCAGAACGUCAGCUCUGUGGACAAGAAGGAUAGACUCUGCUCCAUCUCUCGAGACAUCUUCCUGAGGAUCCUGCCGGCAAGGUUGCUCACUGAACUGACAGAAAUGUGCAGGAUAUUGUUGAACUAUGGGAAGAGGGACAGUGUGUCUGCUGAGGACGUUCAUAUGAUCGAUGACUUGGACAUGAGCCGCACGCAGGCAGAGGCACCAGAGGAAGUCGACCUGUUUGACGACGGGGACGGCCACCAGUCCAGCUUCAAUGGAGCCACCAACGCCCACGCCCACGCCAAGGGGGACAACGCAGAGGCCAAGCAGAGCCAAGGUGCUAAGAGUGUGUUGUGUGAGGACCCUCUGCUGAAACAGGACUGUGCUCUGCUGGCGUCGCUGCGGUUCCUGUCCGGCUGCUGCUGGUCUGAGCGCGCCCAGUUGCUUCUCGCCUUCAAGCCGGCCGACCUGCGCAGACGCCUACUCAAGCUGCUGGACCACCUGGAGCUCACACGGCCCCUCCACCUGCACAUGUAUCUGGUGCUGUUGAAGUCUCUACCAGUAGAGGGUGCUGUUUUGCCAUCUGACGACUUUGACGCUCUUCUCAUUCCACUGGCGGACAUGUGCUCUCUGUACCGUCAAGAUCAGGAAGUGUGUGCCGCUAUUCUAUUGGCUCUGCUGCCUGCCAUUCGCAGCUUGGGCACGCCCCGUUCCCCAGGCGACGAAGAUGAGGACCUGAGGCAUGUGCAGGGGGCCCUCCUCCAGGUCAUCUCUGGCUUUUGUAUCCUGGGUCGCACGGGGAAGAGCAUCGCACCCGUCAGAGCUGCCCUUAUCCAGUGCCUGGUGGCACUACUGGAGGUGGACCCCUGCUGCGAGUGGGCGGUGCUUACUCUGAGAGAUGAGGAGCUAGCAGUGAGCGACGCCCUCCCAGAGAGCCUGUCUGACGCCCAUCACUACGUACGCAUGCUGACGGCAGUCAACCUGGACAGGUUGUUUGUGGAGAGGAGAGGCGGUGAGCAGGACAGCAGGGAAAGUAGUAGGAGGCCAUUGCCCCUGAAGAGGCAGCAGAAGGCCUUCGAGAACAUCUACCUCAAAGCUCAGGAGGGCAUGAAGAUACAGAAGUCAGCUGCAGGAGAGGACGAGGCGGAUGAGACGUCCACUCAGCGCGCCACCCUGCUGAAGAGCGUUGCCAUGGUGAUGGGAUGCAGCCCGGUGUGUGAGAAGCAGGCCCUGUUCGCACUGGUGCAGUCCUACAAGGAGAACAGCAUAGAGGAACAGCUCAUCAAGAAGGUGUUGAAGGUGGUGUCUCGUACCCUGGGCUACCGCAGCCCUGAGGCCCUGGUGAGUGCCCACCUCUACUACCUGCUGUCAGAGUGGCUCUGCCAGAGGGAGACGGAUGACUCCUACACGCUACAGGCCUUCCCCUAUACACUGCUGAAUCACAGCAGCCUGGAGGACUUCUACAGGAGUUGCUACCAGGUGCUGGUGCCUCACCUGGUCUUCCUGAACGACUUUGAGUCGGUGCACUCCAUUGGUGCCCAGCUGGGCCGCGACUGGCGUCGCCUCCUGGCCGACUGCUUCCCGCGCAUCAUGGUGAGCAUCCUGCCCUACUUCGCCCAGUCUGGCUCUGAUCCGCGGGCCGCGCAGCACCGCGAGAAGGCACACCGCGUCUACGACCUGCUCAAGGACAACCAGUGCCUUGGCAAACAGCAAAUUGACAACCUGAUCUGUGGCAACAUGGCGGACAUCGUGGUAGAGCUACUAAUGACACUGUAUGAGGAGGCAGGAGGGGCAGAGGGGGAGGAGAGGGGCAGUCUGCACAGGUUCACAGGUGAGCUGGAUCCGGCCCCCAACCCGCCCCACUUCAGCUCCUAUGUGAUCAAGGCUACUCUGGGCUACCUCAGCAAGUGCCAUGGAGCCAACAACAAGAGCCUGGUGGCCAUCUUGUCCAAGACACCGGUGUCUAUUCAGCGGAUCCUGCUGGCGCUGUGUGAGAGGGCUUCAGAGAGUGCCAGUCCGUACGAGCGGCACCGGGCCCUGAUGAUGUACCACCUGUUCGUGGGCCUCCUCCUGCAGGAGGUGAAGGACGGGCUAGGAGGCGCCUGGGCUUACGUGCUGCGAGACGUCAUCUAUACACUCAUACACCACAUCAACAGCAGGCGCGUGUGUGCGGGGGAAGUGUGGGUGCGCAGCGUCUCCCUGUGCUGUGACCUGCUGUCGCUGGUGUGUCGCACGGCGGUGGCCUUCUGUGACGAGGCUCUGGAGAGUCACCUGCAGGUCAUCGUGGGAACUCUCACCGCCCAGGUCACCGACCAGCCGGCUGUGGCACAACAGGUUCUAGGCCUGUUGCGGUUCCUGAUAGUGGAGAACCCCGAGAGUGGUGCCCUGAGGGCGGCUAUCCCCCUGCUGGAGCCCUUCCCAGACCAGCCGGCCUUCAGGGAGCUCAGGGCCACACAGCAGCAGCUCAAGUACCACCAGGGGGCAUUCAGCCUCACACAGGACAUCGAGCACUUCCUGUCCGUGACUUCCUGUGAGUCGUUGCCACGGACGCGGCUGGAAGGCCUGAAGGACUUGGAGAGGCUGCUGCGCUCACACAGACCACAGAUGAAAAGACUACUCAAGGAAUGCCAUGACGACCCGUCCAGUAGUGUGUUGGUGAGGCUUGUGCUGAGUCUCCUUCAGCUGGGGAAGGUGGCUGUCAAUCUUCCAGGAGGAAAUGACGUACUGGAGGCCAUUGGCAGCUGCCUGGGAGAGAUGGGGCCAGUGAACCUGUCCACCAUCGCACUGCAUCAUGGGAAGGAUGAGGAGUACAGGCGCGCGGCGGAGCUGUUCUCCGAACCCGAGCCCCAGUGGAUCUUCAUCGUGCUCAGCCUCAUCAACAAGGCACUCAUACACCACAGGAUCGAGGUGCGUCAGGCGGCAGCGGAGUGUGUGAAGGCCAUCCUGGCCUCCCAGUCGGGGGUGCAGUUCUGGGACAUGUACAAGGAGCACCGCGACCCCAUGCUCAUCUACCUCAGCCCCUUCCGGACCGCAAAGAAGAAGGAGGAUGCGGUAAGGCCGGAGGGUGGUUCCGAUGGCAGGGAGCGUCUGGACCGCGAGGAGCUAUGGUUACCGUUGCCAGGGCAACAUGAGGAGUGGCUGAGAGGACUGUGUGUGGCUCUGUUGGACAGUGGAGGGGUGCGGAGUGAAGCGCUACUGCUCACCAAACCACUCUGCCAGGUCCAUACUGAUUUCUGCCAGCACGUGCUGCCCCUGUUGAUCCAUGACGUGUUGCUGGGCGACGGGGGGGCUGGCAGCUGGAGACAGCUGCUGUCCAAUCACAUCCAGAGCUUCUUCUCUCACUGCACUAGAGUACCCAACACACCAACCAGCCGACCCACUACCCCCAUGCCCACAGAGACAGGAGAAUCUGAGGGGAGUGGUGCGUCUCAGCUGGAUAAGGCGUCUCUGCGUACCAUGCUGUUCGUCAUAGACUACCUCAGGCAGCAGAGCAAACCCACAGACUCAGACAGCCAGCCGCGGGGCACGGUGUGUGAGUCUAACUUCUGGCUGCAGCUGAACUACCUGGAGGUGGCACGUGCCGCCCAGCUCUGCUCCGCCCACUUCACCGCCCUGCUCUACUGCGAGAUCUACGUGGACAAACUACGAUCUGACCAGGAGGGACGACGCAGAUGCACUACAACAGGGCCAGAUACCAGGAAGAGCUUGAGAAAGGGGCAGGCUGGUGUGGCCAGGAGGAUCGUGUUUGACGAGAGCAGCCAGAGUCUCUCCAUCAGCAGUGUCAGCGAGAGGAGCGUGGAGGACACAGGCAUCAGCCUACAGGAUCUCCUGAUUGAGGUGUACAGGAGUAUUGGAGAGCCAGACAGCCUCUACGGCUGUGGAGGAGGAAAAAUAAUCAGCCCACUCACCAGGAUCAGGACGUAUGAGCACGAGGCCCUGUGGGGCCGAGCCCUGGCCUCCUACGACCUUCACACCAACCUGCCAGAGGUCACGCGACUCGUGGGCAUAGUGGAGGGCCUGCAGCACUUUGGCCUGAGCGGCAUCCUGAGCACGUACCUGCGCGGCCUGGACGCAGAGGGGGCGGAGGGAGGGGCUGAGCUCCGGGAGCUGAGGUUCCAGGCAGCCUGGAGGAGCACCAGGUGGGACGAUGGACUACCGGACAGGGAUGAGAAGCUGAGUGCAGGCUUUAAUGAGUCAGUCUAUACAGCACUGCAGGCUCUCAGGGAUAAGGAAAUGGGCCUGUUUGAACAGACACUUAGGAUCGCCAGAGUGAGUGAGGUGGAGGAGUUGUGUAAGGGUAGUCUGGAGGCGGUGUCUUCUCUUUACCCCACCCUCUGCAACCUGCAGCGCAUCAGUGAACUGGACAACACCACAACACUCUUCUACAGGCCGUUGCAGGAGCCUGCGCUGUCGGAGGUGAACAGCAGGUGGCGCCAGCACUCGGAGCUGCUGCUGGACAGCGAGUUCAGCCUGGUGGAGCCCAUCCUGGCCCUGCGCUCCUCCCUGCAGGAGGUGCUGCUGGAGAGGGAGGCGCAGGGGCAGCGCAGGGGCCUCCUCACCACUUCCUACUGCUCACACCUCAUGGAGCUGAGUAGGCUGGCACGGGGGGCAGGGAACACACAGUUGGCGGAGAGGGCAGUGUUCCAGAUGAAGCAGCACAGUGAUGCUAGCGUGGGGGGCGUCGUCACGGAGACGUCAUGGCAACUGGAGGAGGCGCAGGUGUUCUGGGAGAAGCGGGAGCAGGGAUUAGCCCUUGGACGCCUCCGGCAGAUGAUUGACAGCCUGGAGGAGCAGGUGGAGAUGAACUCAGCUCUUGCCCCGGUGUACAGUGAGAGCUUGAGGCUGUGUGGCACCUGGCUGGGGGAGACCUGCCUGGAGAGCCCUGCUGUCAUCCUGGAGAAAUACCUGGAGAAGGCCGUGGAGGUGAUGGAGCUCCACGAGGGCGGUUCUGACCCUCGGCUGCAGAGCCAGAGGACGCAGGCCUUCCUGUCCCUGGCCCGCUUCGCCGACAGCCAGUAUCAGAGCAUCGACAACUACAUGAAGUCCUCUGAGUUCGAGAACAAGCAGGCACUGCUGGAGAAGGCCCGGGAGGAAGUGGAGCUGAUGAGGGAGAGGAAGGUCGGCAACAACAGGUACACGGUGAAGGUCCAGAGAGAGCUGGAGCUGGACGUGCGGGCCCUGGAGAACCUGCGGACGGACCGGCACCGCUUCCUGCUGAACGCGGUGGAGAACUAUGUGCGCUGCCUGGAGCUGGGCCAGGAGCACGACACCUGGGUCUUCCGGCUCGCCUCGCUCUGGCUGGAGAACGCAGACACUCGCAGCGUCAACACACUCAUGGGGACGGCGGUGACUAAGAUCCCGUCCUAUAAGUUCCUGCCUCUGAUGUAUCAGCUGGCAGCACGUAUGGGCAGUAAGGUGUCCGGGGGAUCAUCCUCCUCUUCCUCCUCAGAAGACGUCGGCUUCCACAAUGUCCUCAACCAGCUGAUCUACCGGGCGUCCCUGGAGCACCCCCACCACACCCUCUUCAUCAUCCUGGCUCUGGUCAACGCCAACAAGGACGAAUGCUUCUCACGCAGUGCCCUCUCCAGGGGCGGUGGAAAACGACAGUCCUCACCUCUCGACCUGGAGCGUUCUGAGGUGGCGAAGACUAUCCUGAAUAAGAUCCGUAAGCGGCGAGCUGCCAUGGUGAGGGGCAUGGAGACCCUGUGUGAUGCCUACAUCACCCUGGCAUACAUGGACGCCAGCAGAUACAAGACAGAGAAGAAGGCUAUCCCCAUCCCUGCUACCCAGCCCCUGACUAAGAUUCAGGAACUGAGUGAGGUCAGCAUUCCUACAAUGGAGAUCAAGGUGGACCCGUCAGGUAAAUAUGAGAACCUGGUGAGCAUCCACUCCUUCAAGCCCAACUUCCACCUGGCGGGGGGAGUCAACCUCCCCAAGAUCAUCGACUGUGUGGGGUCAGACGGGAAGAGCCGCAGACAGCUUGUUAAGGGCCAGGAUGACCUGCGUCAGGAUGCUGUGAUGCAGCAGGUGUUCCAGAUGUGCUCCACUCUGCUGCAGCGCAACGCCGAGACGCGCAAGAGGAAACUCAACAUCCGACGAUACAAGGUGGUGCCUUUCUCCCAGCGUAGUGGGGUUCUGGAGUGGUGUUCUGGGACAGUGCCGAUUGGGGAGUUCCUAGUGGACCCACAAAUGGGAGCACACAGGCGCUUCAAGCCUCACGACUGGACCAACCUGGCCUGCAGGAAGAAGAUGAUGGAGGCCCAGAAACUGGACUCAGAUCGGAAGAUGCAGGCCUUCACGGAGGUGUGCCAGAACUUCCGGCCCGUCUUCCGCUACUUCUGCAUGGAGCGCUUCCUGGACCCGGCGGUCUGGCUGGAGCGCCGGCUGGCCUACACGCGCAGCGUAGCCACCUCCUCCAUCGUGGGCUACAUUGUGGGCCUGGGUGAUCGCCACAUCCAGAAUAUUCUGAUAGAUGAGCAGACAGCUGAGCUGGUCCAUAUUGACUUGGGUGUGGCGUUUGAGCAGGGCAAGAUCCUGCCCACCCCUGAGACGGUGCCCUUCCGCCUCUCCAGGGACAUCGUUGAUGGCAUGGGCAUCACCGGAGUCGAAGGUGUCUUCCGGAGAUGCUGUGAGAAGACUAUGGAGGUGAUGAGGAGCUCACAGGAAGCUCUGCUCACCAUUGUGGAGGUACUGCUGUACGACCCGCUGUUUGAUUGGACGAUGAACCCGCUGAAGGCCUUCUACCUGCAGCAGCAGCUGGAUGAGCAGGCGGAGCUAAACGCCACGCUCAACCCCACACCUGCUGACGAGCUGGACGCACACAGGAAGGGCAGCAGUGACAGCCAGAGCUUCAACAAGGUGGCGGAGCGCGUGCUGCUGCGCCUGCAGGAGAAGCUGAAGGGGGUGGAGGGGGGCGCGGUGCUCAGCGUGGGGGGGCAGGUCAACCUCCUCAUCCAGCAGGCCAUGGACCCCAAAAACCUCUGCAGACUCUUCCCCGGCUGGCAGGCCUGGGUGUGAGGAGAACAUAUGUGUAUAUACACAUGUGGAAAUAAGAACACACACACACACACACACACACACACACACACACACACACACACACACACACACACACACACACACACACACACACACACACACACACAGACAUACACACACACACACACCUCUGAAGGCUCUUCCCCGGCUGGCAGGCCUGGGUUCCGCGCACGCACACACACACACACACACACACACACACACACACACACACACACACACACACACACACACACACACACACACACACACACACACACACACACACACACACACACACACACACACACACACACACACAGCAGCGAUGGCCCAUGUCAAACAUGGCCCAUGGCCCAUGUUUGAAAGCCCUUCAUGGACACCAAAGACCCUCUCCCCCCCAAGCCCACUGACAGCAUGGCAUGGCCUUUUGAAUGCACUCUAUGCACUAUGUUCUGAUGUGGACAGUGUCCAAUGCCAGUUGCUGGUAUACAGCCUGCACCUUGACCAGAGAUAGGACAGACACACACAUAUUAAAGACUUUUCUACUGUGUGUGUA